AAUGGCAGCUGCUGUCACCUGCACGACCAUCACCAUGGCCGCACGCCCGUAGCCGUGCCACGCCGGCGUUGCUGGGGCUGGCCGUCGCAGGACGGUAACCUCCAUCGGCCAUGACCCGGCUGAUGUUGGGACGGACUCUGGAGCGCAUCUGCAAAGGCGUCCUGCUGCUUUGCCUGCUCCACUUCCUCAUCAUGAUGAUCCUGUACUUUGACGUCUACUCGCAGCGCUUCGACCUCUUCAGCCGCUUCAACAAUGGACGCAACGGAUCCAGGAACAAUGUCAGUGGAGCUGGGAGCGGACAUCAUUACUAUUACUACAACCUCUCCAGGUCCAACACCACGUUAGCCAACUACCUGGCCACCGGAGAGCAGCUGGCACCAACUAUGCAGCCUGAGAGUAAUCAGACUCCUUCUCCAAAGCCGCUACCGCCAUGUCCUGAGAACCCGCCUGGUCUUGUGGGACGUUUGUUGAUUGAGUUCAGUUCCCAGAUGACAAUGGAAAGAGUGCAGAAAGAAAACCCCAACGUCACUGAAGGAGGUCGAUACUCGCCCCCAGACUGCCGGCCAAGAUGGAAGGUUGCCAUUAUCAUACCGUUCCGGCACAGAGAAAACCAUCUUAAAUACUGGCUCCACUACCUUCAUCCCAUACUGAGGCGGCAGAAGAUUGACUACGGCAUCUAUAUCAUCAACCAGUGGGGGGGGGGGGGGGGGGGCAGAUUCAACAAAAUCCAGAACACAAAGCACACGAUGAAGAAGGACGGCAUCAGCUCCCUGACUUACAAGCUGCUUCAGAUCAAGAGGUUUCCUCUGUACACAAACAUCUCCGUGGAGAUCGGCAAGCCACCGCCCCGGCCCAUCAAAGGUUAG